UGCCAGAUUGUUUUGGGCCAGUAUGGAAACCAGUACAGCUCUAACUACAACCAGCGAUAUAACAGCCACCAGCAGGAGGAUAUCCGUGGUACCUACAGCCGUAUCGGAGACAUUGUCCGCAACAACUCAGCCAGCUGGAAAGCCGGCGUCUACUCCAAGCCGUUGUCCCACUUCCGUACAGGUUUGAUGAGCUCACAGUCCCAUGCCAAGAAUCUCCUCCAGGAGCAGUACCCAAUGGGCAUUUUGGCCGUCGGUGGUGACUUCGAGCUCCCGGAAUCUUUCGACUCCCGCACCAAGUGGCCGGAGUGCAAGAGCAUCAACGAGAUCCGCAACCAAGGAUGCUGUGGCUCUUGCUACGCCGUUUCUGCUGCCUCGACCAUGAGCGAUCGUUACUGUAUCCACUCUCCGACCCACGAGUCUUUCACUUUUGGUUCCUACGAUAUCGUCUCCUGCUGCCAUCAGUGUGGUAAGGGAUGCAACGGCGGUGAUCUGCCUCCAGUUUGGAAGUACUGGGUUGAUCGUGGUAUCUCCAGCGGAGGUCCGUUCAACUCCAACGAAGGCUGCCAUCCUUACCCUAUUGACGUGUGCCAUGACUACGAUGAAGAGCCUGCUUUCCCUGCCUGCUCCAAGAAGUGUCAAGCUAACUACAACACUACUGAGGCUUCGUACGAUCGUCGCUAUGGACGUGCUUUCUACGGUAUUCCCAACGAAGAGGAACGCAUCAUGGAGGAGAUCUACUUCCACGGACCGGUCCAGGUUGCCUUCGAUGUGUUCGUUGACUUCAAGGCCUACAAGAGUGGAGUCUACCGUCACGUUUGGGGACCUGAGGAUGGCGGUCAUGCCGUUAAGAUCAUUGGCUGGGGUGUCGAGAACAUCAACGGUGCUCCUGUGAAGUACUGGCUGUGUGCCAACUCCUGGGGACAGGACUGGGGUGAGAAUGGUUUCUUCCGUUUCGUGCGUGGCGAAAACCACUGUGGCAUCGAGUCGUACGUCUUCACUGGUCUGCCACACUUCCACAAACACAAGACCCUGGACGGAUACAACUGGUAA